GUGAAGAGGAGGCUGAAUCGGGCUGUGAUCGAUGAUUUCUUACGUGCUGUUACGUGGUGUGUGCGCGUUCUACCACGCCUGAUCGACGCCCCGUAAGCCGCGCUUUUCGUAUAGACAAGAUUAUACGGUUAUGAGAAGAAGAGUUCGAUGACCAGUGGAUAGCGGACCAUCCAUCGACGCCACCAUGGACUACCUGCACACGUGCCUCAUCUUCUAUCUAUUGAUCCUCUGUCUCUGCGGAGGACGAACCAUAGACAUAUCACAAUGCAUCGCGCCCCUGGGGAUGGAAUCUGGUGCGAUUCCCGAUGCAGACAUCACAGCGAGCUCGAGUUUCGAUAGCGGAAACGUCGGCCCCCAUCACGGACGGCUGAAGCAAGAGAGCCACGGAGGUGCCUGGUGCCCGAAGCUGCAGAUCACCACAGAGCCACGCGAGUGGUUGGAAAUCGAUCUUCACACGGUUCACAUGAUCACCGCCACAGGCACUCAGGGCCGCUUUGGCAACGGCCAAGGUGUCGAAUACUCGGAGGCGUAUAUGCUCGAGUAUUGGAGGCCGAAGCUCGGCAAGUGGGUCCGGUACAGGGACGUGCAGGGCGAGGAGGUGAUCGACGGGAACAAGAACACGUACCUGGAGUCGAAGCACGAGCUGGAGCCACCUAUGUGGGCGAGCAAAGUCCGCUUCUGGCCGUACAGCUACCAUCGUCGGACCGUUUGCAUGCGGGUGGAACUGUACGGUUGCCCGUGGAACGACGGUAUCGUGUCGUACUCGAUGCCCCAGGGGGACAAACGCGGCAACUGGGAGUUCUUCGACGCGACUUACGACGGUUACUGGGACGGCCAGCUUCUGCGCGGACUGGGACAGUUGACGGACGGCAAGAUCGGGCCCGACAACUUCAAGAUGAGCUACUACGAUUACGACAGGGGUCAGGGUUGGGUCGGGUGGAGGAACGACACCAGGUCCGGCCAUCCGCUCGAGAUCAAGUUCGAGUUCGACCACGUCAGGGAGUUCUCGGCCGUGCACAUAUUCUGCAACAAUCAGUUCACCAAGGAUGUCCAGGUGUUCUCCGAGGCUAGCAUAAUGUUCAGCGUCGGUGGCAAAUAUUACACGGGCGAUCCGAUCGUGUACUCGUACAUGGAGGACAGGAUCUUCGAGCACUCGAGGAACAUAUCGAUCAAGCUUCACCAUCGAAUCGGCAAGUUCGUUAAGCUGAGGUUCAGCUUCGCCUCGAGGUGGAUCAUGAUCAGCGAGAUCACCUUCGACUCUGAUAUCGCCCACGGGAAUUUCACCCCUGAAUCACCGCCCACGACGGAAGCCCCGAGGCUGAGGGAUCGAAUCUCGGCACGGGACAAUCCUUUGCAAGCCGAGGUUCCGGUCGUGAAGCAGGACGAUUCGAAUUACAUGGCGGUGAUAAUCGGCGUUCUGACAGCGGUGAUCCUCUUGCUCGCGGUGGCCAUCUUCUUGAUCAUCACGCGGCACAGGCCGAAGAACUUCGCAAGCCCACUGGGCACGAAGAGCGCGAUCCCCUCGAGCAAUCAUCAACACCUGUCCCCCGAAUCCGCGUACGGCACAACGGAGAAAGAUCCAUCGUUGAUGACGUACAGGGUGGAGGAGUUGGACGACCGAUACGCUGGAACCAAGCUGACCACGCUUCCACGAGAUCUGAACGAUCGCCUGUUGGGGGACGUGAGGCUGGACGAGUAUCAGGAGCCGUUCUACGAGAACAAGCACAGGGAGCCGCCUCACGCCGCUUAUUACGGGUACAGCACCGUCGUUAUAGACAACAAGGACCUUCACGACAACGUUGAGCAGUCUGAUGCCACCUACGAUUACGCAGUACCGAUGCCUGUGCCUAGUGUGAGCAGCGAUCAGGACAGCGUUUUCUCCAAGUCCUCGUCGAGGGGUAGCGCGAAGGCGUGCUUGCAGAGCUUCUUCCCCCCGCCCCCGCCCCCGAUGAGCGCGCCACCCCCACGAGGAUCCAGCAAUCUCACGUACUCGAACCCGCCGAGCCCGGAACCAGUUUGCGAGCGCGAGCGCAGAGGAAGCAAGCGCCGCGAGCACUCGAUGCACAGAUACGCGUAAGGACACGCCAACCGCUGCUGCGCACCGCCGCCGAAUCGAAGGUACGCGACAACUGUUCGCCACUGUUGAGAAAUCGAGAGAUCCUUCGGCAUUCUCGCACGUCCCUUCCCCAAUCUUCCACUUUGUACUCGAUUCUUGCAACGAUCCUCUCGAGAAAAAAAAAAAAAAGAAAAGAAAAAGAAACAUACACGGCGAUGGAUGUGUGAAGGAGGUGGCGUGGAAAAGGUUCACCGGAAGGAGGAGGAAGAAGAGGAAGGAGACGAAUCGACGACGAGUUUCUGCGCGAGAUCGAGGGAAAUUUUUCGUUGGCGCCAAAACUCGCUCUACCUCUCUCUCUCUCUCUCUUUCUCUCUAUCUUUCGAGCGGUCCAAUUAGAAAAGAAGAGAAGAAAGAAAAAAAAAAGAAGAAUAGCGAGAUCGCGUGGAUAUAUACGAAGCCAACUCGGUUCUCGAUCUCAAAAUGGAAAAAUCUUUCUCGACGAGCACUGCCAUUCGCGCACUUUCCAAGCGUAUGUUAUACAUACAUAUAUAUAUAUACCCGUAGAGUAGAGGCGUACACCGUCGAGUGGCGCGCACAAGAGGGACGACUCGACUCGACUAUCUACUCGUAAGGUAGGAAACGCGUAACCGGAGUUGUAACUACAAUUGGCAUAUCAGUUUAACGGCAACGCGCUGCCGCCGAGAGACGACGACUCCUCUCUGGAAAUUCGCCCGGCAACAGGCUUCUCUUCCCCGCCUUCAACACGCCGCUGGAAAUCGAAGCCUCGAAACGAUGCGCCCACGAUGCCAUCUCUAUUUUCUGCCAAUUUUAAUGGCAGGAUGGAUAAGAAGGAUAAUAAUACAGGUACAGGUGUUUGUCAUAACGCGGACUCGACUUCGCUAGGUUAAAGUGUCUGGAUGAUCUAGAAAUUUCGAAAAUAGAUAGAUCAGGCUACCAGUCUUUACCAGAGUUGCUUUUCAAUUUCAUUUCGAAGAGAAAUAUUAAGAACCACGUGAUUCUAAUUCCAUAUAGGAAUGUUUUAACCAAGGAGGGAAGAGCGUCGAUGCAAAAAUAUUCGUGAGGAUUCGUGAGAAAAACGAUCCUUGUCACAAUCAAUCCAAGAUUUCGUCGCGAUUUUAUAAAUAUCGAUCGCAAUACUUUUCUUCCUCCGUAAUAAACGAUACGAUAAAAUAUAAUAUUUUCUUACGAAGAAUUUUUUCAAGAUUUUAAAAAAUAUAUCCCGUUCUUUUGGGAGAAGAAGUCUCCCAAAACUCGUUACGUUUUUAAUUACGAAUCCUUCCACGCAAACUCGACGCGCAAUACAACUCUCCCUACAAUAAAUUCGAGAUCCGCACAUGUUCCAACCGACUUACUUUUCAUAUACUCGUCAGGGAUUAAACGAGGCUUCGAUUUCACGGUCACGUCGAAAUUUUCGUCGAAAUAUUCUUUUUCCAAAAAAAAAAAAAAAGAAAAAGAAAGAAAAAGAAAAAAAAACAGCGCCGUUUCUCAAACAACCUUUCUCUUCUCUUCCGCCGAGAUGAACUCUUCCCCCCCACUGUGCUGGGGAAACACGCGCGAAAAAGUUAUCCCGCAACCAUUCCUCCAUCCCUUCCUAAAUUCCAAAACUCGGAGGGAGUUACACAAGGUUUAGAAGCCGGGGGUGGAGGAAAAAAGAGGAGGGAAAGGGGGAAGAGGGCGGAAGGUAAAGAGAGUCAUAUUUUUCGUUGAUACUGCCUCGCGUGUUCUUUCCAACGUUUUCCCCGCCCGCUGCCACAUUUCUUCCGCGUCGGUAAAAAGCGCGAGCCGCGUUUAGCAGCUUCGUUAGGGAGGCUGCCGCGUUCCUCCUUACCGGGAGGGGGAAGGGAAUCCAGAAGAAAUUGCGACUCGCGCGUUUCCGCGCUGGAAAAGAAAGAAAAAAGAAAAGAGAAAAGAAAACGCGAUAAGGAAGGAAGGAAAACCGAUCCGCGAGAGAAGGAUUUCCAGAAGGAGUCGCGCGUGGUUUAAUGGUUUCGUGUGUACGACGCGCAUGUGCGAGCGGAUCGAGCUCGCUAUCGAUUCGUGGUUAGCGAUGAAAGGGAUUUAAAGAAAAGAAAAAAAAACUGUUGGACGAAGAGGAAGAAAAAGAAGAAGAAGAAGAAGAAGAAGAAGGAAAAAGCCCUUCACUUUCCCUUCUUUCUUUCUUCUCUUCGUUCCGAUAAGAUAUUUAUUCGAUGGCGCGACUUGAUAAUUAAUUACCGGUUAAUUGUCUCCGGUAGUGCGGAGUAUAAUAAUCCAGGUGACGGUGAGGGGGGGGGGAAAGAAAGAAAGAAAGAAAAAAAAGAGAAAGGGACGUCAGGUAUUGUCGUGGCACAGGAACGAGGUUGGGAAGAAAGGAGAGACGGGAACGCGUGUGGAAGAUCGACGCGGUGAUAUCGAACGGUAGCCGUUUAAGGGAAGGGAGAGGGAAGAAAGGUACAGGUUUCAGGGGGAAGGGAGAAAAGAUUUGUGGGGAAAUGGAGAGAACGUUAGCGAGCUUCGAUCCCCGCCUCACACACAAGACUGACGUCAGAUAAAUAAUUGAAUAUCCCGAUAUUGUGCUAUGUAAUACGCGCAGAUAGUGUACACGCGCGCAUGCGCUCGUAUUUCGUCGUAUUAUUUAUUAUAUAUAUAUAUAUCGCGGCAUACACAGCGCCCCGUAAACGGAUCUUUAAUUUAUAUACGUAUUAUACGUACACGCGUAUAUAUAUACAUAUGUAUAUGCGAGGGAUGAAAGAAGAAGAAGAAAAAAAAUAUAUAUAUAUAUUAUAAAUAGAUAUAUAAAUACAACAAAGAUAACGCGGUAAUUAUAUCGUGCGUCGGUGAAUUUUAAGCGUAAUAAUAUAACGAUAUAUAUAUAUAUAUUGUAUAAGCCCAACUUUAUUUCUCUAUCACUACCGACAUCGCCUUCAUGCAACGAAGGAAAAAAAAGAAAAAGAAAUCGAGGGAUUUAACCGACGUAAUAAGGAAUCGACAAUACAGGGAUAAGACAACAAUAAUUAAAUACAUGUGUACGUAAAUGACGAAGAUUAAAAAAAAAAAAAAAAAAAAAAAGAAAAAAAAAAGAGAAAUAACGCGAGGAAUAAUGGUAAAUAGAUAGACACCGUGUUUCACGAAGCGAGGAUGGAGAGAAACCGACCACAUUGUGAUAUAUUAAGAAAACUAAAUAAUAAAGUAAAUCGAUCGAACAAACGAAGGGACGAGACAAAAUUUACGCGAGCUUUCGUCGAGGAGAAGGCUAUUCGUUGAGAAUUUCACGACACCCCCCAAUUUCUCACUUCCCUAUUUUAUUCGAACGAUCCUCGAGACGUGUAUAGAACGCUUGCAAAAUAUACAUAUUUAUAUAUAUAUAUAUAUAUAUUUUCGAUUUACACACAGACACACACACACACGCGUACACUUUAUAACAUACAUCUCCUUUACCUUGUUACCGAAACGAAAGAUCGUCUUUAACGAGAUUGUUCAACGAAAAGCUCCUCUCACUCUCUGGACACGCGCGUGUAGCAGCAUCUGACAACGAUCGGGAAAAACUUUAUCUAUGUAUAUUUAGUGUUUAAUCGUCGCCACCGUAGAAAGGUAAACCGUAAGAGUGACAGCUUCGAGUGCUUCGAGUGUAAAUAUAACCGUUAGGGACCUCGUGACACACGUACAACACGUACACACUCUCUCACCUAUACACACACACACACACACCUUUCAAGCGCCUUAAGGUUGGGGGGGAGGGGGGGAGGGGGAGGGGCACUGAGCAAAUAAAAUUGGUCGCAAUAAUAAUCGUCGUUUUCUUGCUCGCUCUUUCAGUCGUUGUUGUCUUUUACCUUUCAUUUUUAUCAAUGACGAAAGAUCGAAGGGGAAAAAAGAAUUGUAAUAACAUAUAUAUAUAUAUAUAAAAUGGUGGUUCGACGAGAAAAAAAUAAUAGAGGAGAAAGGAGAGAAAGAAAGAGAGAGAAUUAUCCUUUCAAGCUUCUCUUUCUCUCGCCCUUAAAUUCGUCGCAACGAUGAGAAAGUUUUCAUCGCAACGCGCGCGAUCUUUUCGAUCUUCGUUACAUCAUGGAUCGUUCUGGAUCGCGUCGACAGGGAAAACGGAGAUCCCUUAUCGCGGAGCAAUUUUUCACCAAACUUCUGCAAUAACCGAGCAUUAAGUACCUUGAACUUCUCGUGCACUUCCGGCACUCAGCUCUUUCGAAUAAUCGUCAAUUUAUCUUAAAGCGUGCACAGACGGUGAAAGGGAACACGAUUCGUUAAAGAGGGAUUAAAUCAAUAACUCGGUGAGAAUCGAAGAAGCUUUUCGCAGAUUCGGUGAUAAAAAGUAGAAGAGGAAAAAGAAAAAAGGGGUAUAUAUAAAAAGUGAAAAAUAAAAGAACGGGUGAGCGAAAGAGGAUCGUCGUUAAGUAAGGUGCUCACACACUCCCUUUCUCUCUCUCUCUCUCUCUCUUCUCUUUAGGAUACGAGUAGGAAGAUAAAGAUGACGAAGGACGGUACUCUCGUGCCUGCUCGCAAGCGUACUUCUUAGGAUACUUUAUGGUUCCUUUGUGCAGCGGAACUGCUGCAUGCUGCCGACAUGUCAAUGACAACGGUGCGCGCCGAGUGUGCACCGAGAUCGUCGCGAUAUCGCACGCUCGUUCUAAAUCGUCCCUCCAACUUCUCCACACCGGCCUUAUUCACCCGCGUUUUAUUAAACUCUACACUCUCUCUCGCGAACGAGACUCGCGUUUUAUCCCCGGAUACACUCUCUACAUCAUCCACCGCGAUUUCACCUCGCACGGGCGAUAAUUCUUCCCGAGAUCGUAAUAAUCGCGGGCGAAACGAGUCGUUGGACGAUCUCCCAUCCGCUAUUCGCGAGAUUAGAUGUCGUUUUUUCUCAUUGAAUCUCCCGCUAAUUGCUCAAAUUUUUACACGUAAACAGCACGAAGAAUCAGGAGUUGUGCUCCUUUCUUUUCCACCACUGCCUUACGCGUAACACUAACGUGUCUUUGGAAAUUCCAGUUCACGGAUGAAUACACAGAGUAUCGUCUAAAAGAGAAUUAGAAUUCUUCUCCGAUCUCGACGAUCUUCCUCCCGAUUUUCGAUCGAAUCCAUACGAUUACCAUACCGCCGCGACUCCUGUUUCCUGUGGCGCGCCCUUUUACGAGCCCGUGAUCUUUUAUUCCGCGCCGAUGCGAUACACGGUUCGGCGAUAUCGUUCGCAGAUACGGUUGGCGAUCGGUUCUGCGUCGUUGGCAGAGGAAACUUGGCGUCCAUAAAUCAGGGACGUUACAACCCUUUUUUUCGAUGAGAAAUGCGAGGGAGGCUCGACGAUAGCGAGGGGAAGGGAAACUGGCCCGUUUCUUAUUCGGCGAUGUACGAGUGCGUGCGAUCAGGGAGGAUUAAAGUGAGAAGAAAGUGGAACGAGCUUUGGAGCAGGUAUUGUGCAACAACGGUGGAUAGAUCUUUUGCAAAAGUGGUGGUAUCUCGGUCGUGGUGGAGAACGGAGAUGAAGUUAUACGUCGAUUCGAUGGAUUGGUGGUUAAAUGGUGUGAAGGCAAUUGUUUUGUCGAAUUGGGAUUUUGGAAGAUGUAAUUUAGAGGGAAGGAGUAAGAAUUCAAGUGAAAUUUAUCUAUUUUAUUUUGCUAUUGCGAAUUAGGCUUGUGUAUAUGGUGAAUAACAGUUUAGAAGAAUAACUCGAAGAUAUACGAUCAGUCGUCUUUACGAAAAUUUGUUCAACAGUGUGUGUGUGUGUAUAAUAACGUAUAGAGUAAUUUUUUUUAUUAACACUUAUUGAUAUUCGUGAAUGAUGAAAAUUUGAAGAACGUUAAUUUCACGAACGCGAAGAGAUUUUGUACGAGGAUUAUUUAUACGCGACUGAUGUAUAUAUCUUCGUAUAGUAAAAGGUAUCAAUUGAUAUCUUGUGAUCUUGUGAAACUAUAACGAUAGUAGGUGCAAUUGGAUAAUAGUUGGACGUCGAUCUCGGUCUACUACUAGUUCUCGGUCAAAUCGAAACUCCAUGGAGACGAACGCUCGUUCGUCGAUAUCUCUGAAUAAAAUAUAAAACGAGAACGCCUCUCGGUGAGAAGUUGUUGGAUUGACCUGAGCUACCUCGUCAUUCGGCAUCGAUCGUGCAAAUAUGACCGAUGUUGGGUAUUUACACGCAGCUGCACAAGCACACGCGAAACGCGGCGAGCAUGCACGAGAAUUUUGGAAAUAACAACAAGAACAACAACAACAACGAUCGUGUUUAUAUAUAUAUAUAUAUCAUAGUUUUUAACAGGGACGACGAUUCUACUGAUAUACAUAUAUACAUAUUGUAUUCUCGCCACCCCGAAACUAAUAAACGCGCCGCAUUAUCUCUCAAUAUGUAUAUAGCGAUUGUAAUUUAUACAAA